AUGUUUGUGUUUCUUUUUUGGGUUCUUAAAGCCUCGGUUACUGUGUUGAAAAUGCUAUGCAAAGGUGUAGUCAACCCAUACCUUGCAGUGCAUUCAAUAAUGAUGGUUCCAUAUUUGCUUAUGCGGUUUGUUAUGAUUGGAGCAAGGGUGCAGAAAAUCACAAUCCAGCUACUGCGAAGAACUACAUUUAUUUGCACUUGCCACAGGAAUCUGAGGUUAAAGGCAAGCCACGAGCUGGAGCUACGGGUAGAAAGUGAAAUUUCAUGCUGA